UUUCCGUACACUGCGCAUGCGCGGCUCCUUACUCACGUGAUUCAGAGCGGAAACGGAAAAGGUGCAGAAGAGCCAACAUGGCGGACAGGCUAACGCAGCUGCAGGAUGCUGUUAACUCACUGGCGGAUCAGUUCUGUAAUGCGAUUGGAGUCCUGCAGCAGUGUGCACCUCCAGCCUCAUUCAGCAACAUCCAGACAGCCAUCAACAAAGACCAGCCCUCCAACCACACAGAAGAGUACGCUCAGUUGUUUGCUGCUUUGAUAGCGAGAACAGCGAAAGAUGUCGAUGUGUUGAUUGACUCUCUGCCCAGUGAAGAAUCUACUGCUGCAUUGCAGGCGGCCAGUCUGAGGCAGCUGGAGGAGGAGAAUCAAGAAGCUGCAGCUCGUUUGGAAGAAGUGGUUUAUAGAGGAGACCUGCUGCUGGAGAAGAUCCAGUCGGCUCUAGCAGACAUCGCACAAUCGCAGCUGCGCACACGCAGUGGCACCCCCAGUCAGCCCACACCCCCUGAAUCAUGACACUGACUGACCCAAAACCAAGCAUGGACUGUACCAUCUGUACACAGCAGGGAUUUUUAUACUUAUCCUUCAGCGGUUGCAGGAGACUUUUUGUUAAAUGUACAGUUUAUUUCUGGGCUGAAGAAGGAUUAUCAUUUCAUUCAAGUACAGACACACGAGAUUAGAACUUCAUUAUUGCUGUGCUGAUGUCACACACGUUUGGUGUAAAAACACUCAAGACACUUCAAAACUAUCCUCGGAAAACAUGGAUAUGUCACAGUGUCAGAUUUUGGUACGAAACUUUAUCUGUAAUUUACAUUUUUCUUUCUAGUCUUGUUUUCCACAGCAUGUCUCUAUUACAUGAGCUCUGUCAUUGUUUUCUAAAAGAGAAUUUACAGCAUCCAUCACCCCCUUUCAGCCAUUAAUUGUCAGGGUCUGAAUAAGCUCGCUUUUGUAUAUUAAAGGAUAUUUUUCUGUUUGUUUUGUUUUGAAAGAAUUGUCUUUGUGUUUAACCAAUUAAACUGUAAAGUGCUUGUUACUCAUUUUAA